AUGUGGUCCCAGAGGAACCAACCUACACGAAAAGUCAAUGUGGUUACAGAGGAACUAACCUCACUGAAGUUCUAUGUGGUCCGGAGAGGAACCAACCUACACGAAAGUCAAUGUGGUUACAGAGGAACUAACCUCACUGAAGUUCUAUGUGGUCCCAGAGGAACCAACCAUACGAAAGUCAAUGUGUUUACAGAGGAACCAACCUCACUGAAGUUCUAUGUGGUCCCAGAGGAACCAACCCACACGAAUGUCAAUGUGGUUACAGAGGAACUAACCUCACUGAAGUUCUAUGUGGUCCCAGAGGAACCAACCUACCCGAAAGUCAAUGUGGUUACAGAGGAACUAACCUCACUGAAGUUCUAUGUGGUCCCAGAUGAACCAACCUACACGAAUGUCAAUGUGGUUACAGAGGAACUAACCUCACUGAAGUUCUAUGUGGUCCCAGAGGAACCAACCUACCCGAGAAAGUCAAUGUGGUUUACAGAUGAACUAACCUCACUGAAGUUCUAUGUGGUCCCAGAGGAACCAACCACACGAAAAGGAACCAACCUACACGAAAGUCAAUGUGGUUACAGAGGAACUAACCUCACUGAAGUUCUAUGUGGUCCCAGAGGAACCAACCUACGAAAGUCAAUGGUUACAGAGGAACUAACCUCACUGAAGUUCUAUGUGGUCCCAGAGGAACCAACCUACACGAAAGUCAAUGUGGUUACAGAGGAACUAACCUCACUGAAGUUCUAUGUGGUCCCAGAGGAACCAACCUGCACGAAAGUCAAUGUGGUUACAGAGGAACUAACCUCACUGAAGUUUAUAUGGUCCAGAGGAACCAACCUACACGAAUGUCAAUGUGGUUACAGAGGAACUAACCUCACUGAAGUUCUAUGUGGUCCCAGAGGAACCAACCUACACGAAAGUCAAUGUGGUUACAGAGGAACUAACCUCACUGAAGUUCUAUGUGGUCCCAGAGGAACCAACCUACACGAAAGUCAAUGUGGUUACAGAGGAACUAACCUCACUGAAGUUCUAUGUGGUCCCAGAGGAACCAACCUACACGAAAGUCAAUGUGGUUACAGAGGAACCAACCUCACUGAGUUCUAUGUGGUCCCAGAGGAACCAACCCACACGAAAGUCAAUGUGGUUACAGAGGAACUAACCUCACUGAAGUUCUAUGUGGUCCCAGAGGAACCAACCUACACGAAAGUCAAUGUGGUUACAGAGGAACUAACCUCACUGAAGUUCUAUGUGGUCCCAGAGGAACCAACCUACACGAAAGUCAAUGUGGUUACAGAGGAACUAACCUCACUGAAGUUCUAUGUGGUCCCAGAGGAACCAACCUACACGAAAGUCAAUGUGGUUACAGAGGAACUAACCUCACUGAAGUUCUAUGUGGUCCCAGAGGAACCAACCUACACGAAAGUCAAUGGUUACAGAGGAACUAACCUCACUGAAGUUCUAUGUGGUCCCAGAGGAACCAACCUACACGAAAAGGAACCAACCUACACGAAAGUCAAUGUGGUUACAGAGGAACUAACCUCACUGAAGUUCUAUGUGGUCCCAGAGGAACCAACCUACACGAAAGUCAAUGUGGUUACAGAGGAACUAACCUCACUGAAGUUCUAUAGGUCCCAGAGGAACCAACCUACACGAAAUUCUAUGGUCCCAGAGGAACCAACCCCGAAAGUCAAUGUGGUUACAGAGGAACUAACCUCACUGAAGUUCUAUGUGGUCCCAGAGGAACCAACCUACACGAAAGUCAAUGUGGUUACAGAGGAACUAACCUCACUGAAAUUCUAUGUGGUCCCAGAGGAACCAACCUACACGAAAGUCAAUGUGGUUACAGAGGAACUAACCUCACUGAAGUUCUAUGUGGUCCCAGAGGAACCAACCUACACGAAAGUCAAUGUGGUUACAGAGGAACUAACCUCACUGAAGUUUCUAUGGUCCCAGAGGAACCAACCUACACGAAAUUCAUGUGGAGGAACCAACCUCAAUGUGCUUACAGAGGAACUAACCUCACUGAAGUUCUAUGUGGUCCCAGAUGAACCAACCUACACGAAAGUCAAUGUGGUUACAGAGGAACUAACCUCACUGAAAUUCUAUGUGGUCCCAGAGGAACCAACCUCCCCGAAUGUCAAUGUGCUUACAGAGGAACUAACCUCACUGAAGUUCUAUGUGGUCCCAGAGGAACCAACCUACACGAAAGUCAAUGUGGUUACAGAGGAACUAACCUCACUGAAGUUCUAUGUGGUCCCAGAGGAACCAACUACACGAAAGUCACAUGGAGGAACCAACCUCCUGAAAUUCUAUGUGGUCCCAGAGGAACCAACCUCCCUGAAAGUCAAUGUGGUAUACAGAGGAACUAACCUCACUGAAGUUCUAUGGUCCCAGAGGAACCAACCCCACACGAAAGAACCAACCUACACGAAAGUCAAUGUGGUUACAGAGGAACUAACAGAAUUCUUUGAUUUCCCACUGAAUUUCUAUGUGGUCCCAGAGGAACCAACCCACACGAAAGUCAAUGUGGUUACAGAGGAACUAACCUCACUGAAGUUCUAUGUGGUCCCAGAGGAACCAACCUCCACGAAAGUCAAUGUGGUUACAGAGGAACUAACCUCACUGAAGUUCUAUGUGGUCCCAGAGGAACCAACCUACACGAAAGUCAAUGUGGUUACAGAGGAACUAACCUCACUGAAAUUCUAUGUGGUCCCAGAGGAACCAACCUACUGA